AUGGCAGACAUAGCAAGACUCCUAUCCCAGCACGGCGUCUCCGUCACAAUCGCCACCACACCCCUCAACGCCGCCCGAAUCAGACCCAUGCUCCACCUCUCCACCACUGUACCUGAACCCCACAAUAUCCAACUCGUAGAACUCCAUGUUCCAUUGCUCGAAUCAGGCCUCCCAGAAGGAUGUGAAAGCAUGGAGCUAGUCCCCUCACGAAACCUCAUCAGAAACUUCCUUGAAGCCUUCAGCAAGUUGCAGAAACCAUUAGAGCAGUUAAUCGAGAAGAUGAAACCUGCACCAACUUGUCUUCUUGUUGAUAAACAUCUCCACUGGACACAAGAUGUUAGUAGAAAGUUCCAAAUUCCAAGGAUUCUGUUUGAUGGCACUUGCUGCUUUUAUCUUCUGUCCAUCCACAAUUUGUUGAAAUCAAAAUCUUGUUAUGAGAGUGUCCCUGACUCUCAGCCUAUUAUGGUGCCUGGUUUGCCUCACAAAAUUGAGUUAACAAGAUCACAGCUUCCAUUAGACUUGAAUCCAGAGUCACAGGACUUCAGUGAUAUUCAUCAGAAGAUAAGAGCUUCUGAAGAAGGAGCUUAUGGGAUGGUUGUCAAUAGCUUCCAAGAUUUGGAGUUGGAUUAUGUCAAAGAAUAUAAAAAGGUUAAAGAUGGAAAAGUAUGGUGUAUUGGUCCUGUUUCACUAUCCUAUAGAGGAGAACAAGAUUUGGCUAAAAGAGGUAACAAAGCCACUGUUGAUGAAAACUUUUGCAUGAAAUGGCUUGAUUCAUGGCCACCAAGAUCAGUUGUUUAUGUUUGUCUAGGAACACUUAAUCGACUUGCACUUGUGCAAUUCAAAGAACUGGCUUUGAGCUUAGAAGCUUGCAACAGGCCAUUCAUUUGGGUGAUGAGAGAAGAUGAUUCAGGAGAAGGAAAUAAGUGGUUGUCAGAGGAGGGGUUUGGGGAGAGGACAAAAGGAAGAGGCUUUAUAAUCAAUAAUGGUUGGGCGCCACAAGUUUUGAUACUUUCACAUCCCGCUAUAGGAGUGUUCUUGACUCAUUGUGGUUGGAAUUCAACUCUAGAAGCCAUUUGUGCUGGUGUUCCAAUGGUAACUUGGCCUAUGUUUGGUGAUCAGUUUUUGAAUCAGAAAUUGAUUGUGCAGAUAUUGGGUGCUGGUGAGCCACUGGGAAAUGAGGUUUUUGUCCCCAUUGGGAAACAAGACAAGUUUGGAGCCAUGAUUAAGGGGGAGAAAAUCUUAGAGGCUAUAGACAAGGUUAUGGGUGAAGGAACUCAAAAGGAAGAGAAAAAAGAAAGGUCUAGAAAGCUUGCAAAGUUGGCAAAGCAAUCUAUGGAAGCUGGAGGAUCUUCUUAUGAAAACAUGAAAAUGCUAGUAGAGGACAUUGCAAAACUAGCCUUUGGCAAUCCUCAAUAA